UUCUCGUGUUCCAGCAUUUGACAUGUUGAACAAAAUAAUGACAAGCUGACAAUAUUGGGACCCCACUCGUCACAUGAGUCUAUACAUUCAAUACGGUUUUGCAGUACAUGAAGAUGUCAGGACUACUACUGUUCAUCGUUGGAAUACUGUUUAAAGAGUCAUGUGGCCAAGGGACAGUGACAGUUUCUCCGGACGUGACCGCUGACAAUGGCAGCCCAACAACACUUUCCUGCACAUACACCGUGGACAAUAAUUACUUACUCUAUAAUCUAGAAUGGAGAAGAGGGAAAAGUGUGCGGGGUAGUUUCAGAAUUGCUGAUUUUGUAACUGAUGUCGAUCAGCCAAUCUACUACAGUAACUUCAGCUCAUCGGAGUACACAGCCUCUAGAGAUAAAAUUAAUCGGGUAGCAUUAUUGGCUAUUGCUUCUGUAAGAUUCCAGGAUGACUCUGAACUGUUCUGGUGUAAUAUUCAAGUGUAUACUUCCUCGGGUUCAGUGACACAAAUCAGUGAUUCAAUUGAAGUGAUUGUGACAGUUCCCCCAGGGAGCAUCACAAUAUCUGAUCAUGAGACUGGAACCUAUCCUGGUGGUGGUACAUCAUACCUUGUAGAAGGAGAGUCACAUCAGUACAGAUGUGUGGUACCAGACAUUAAUCCAGCAGCUACCUUCUCUUGGACUGUUGGAGGUCGGAGUCUUACAGCAGACAGCAACAAUGACGUCAUUGGUAGUAAUGGGUUAACAACCAGCUCAAGUACAACCACAAUAACAGCUGAAGCAAGAAACGAUGGAGAGAUGUUACAAUGCCAAGCAUCAAACAAGGAUGGACAUGAUGGAGUUUCUACCACUGUAGUGCUGGAUGUCAAAGUGCCACCGAAGGCUUCAUCGAUGUCGCUUUUCGAUUCCAGCGGACCUCUUGAAGAUCAAGUAGACGUCAUUGAACAAACUGCACACACUUUCACCUGCAGGGUUGAGGGUACCAAACCAGCUGCAACCAUCAAGUGGUAUCUUGAUGACGUAGAGCAAACAGCCGCCACAACAACCCCUGGAGUAGGCACUGGACUGGUGGACACAGAAAGUCACUGGACAUUCACUCCACAGAGGGUCAACCAUAGAAACACCGUCAAGUGUGAGGCAAACACUGUGGAGUCAUGUUGGAGCUAUGACGGAAAAAGCACGAUCGCCAUGGCGUAUCAUGGUGCGGGGUCCCGGGGAAAGCUGGAAAUAAGCGAUGAUCAAAAGGUCCCAAAAUAA